UUGAAAAGAGAGGAGAUGGGUUGCUUAUGAUGAUGAUGAUGAGAGUGUUAUGCCAUCACCAUCUGAUAAAUCAUAGAACGAUGAUGAUACUGCUAUCAUUCAUGGGAGCAUGAUGGGGUGCCUGAAAUUCAUCUCAGAAGUGUUAUGGCUUUGAGCUGGGCAAAGAACACGUUUCUCUCUCCUAAACCUAAGGCUCUUUUGAUUGAGAGCUCAUCCCCUUCCAUAACCAGUCUUGCAUAUGCAGAGUCCUUAACAAUUCCAUUGGUUCAGGUGAUCGUUCUAACCGCUGAUUUGUCGUGUGCCGAUUGUCGAGAGAAGGUGUCCAUGGUGAUUUCAAAAAUGGAUGAGUGUGCUGAGUCUGUGAUUUUGGAUAUGGCUGAAAACAAAGUGAUUAUCAGAUGCAAAGUUGGGGGGAAGAAAAAAAGGAAAGAGAGGAUGGGUUGGCCUGAAAGUGGCGGCUUAAUGUCGGAAAUAGAUGGCUUCGAGCCCGGCCCAGUUGUAUAUAAAAUGGUUCUGAGGAUCAACAUAGAUUGCCGUGGGUGUUACAAGAAGAUCAGAAAGGCCCUCCUCAAACUACAAGAUAUCGAUAGCCAUGUGAUAGACAGGAAACAAAGCAGAGUGACGAUUUGUGGGGCAUUUAAUCCACAAAAGGUGGCAAUAAAGAUGAGGAAAGCUGUUAACAGGCGAAUUGAAAUCUUGGAUAUCCAUGAUUGCAUAACAGGCCAGUCCUUGUUACCUGAGUCUUAGUAUAUUCUUCAUCAUGCCACCACAAAUAUUUCUUUCUUUGGCUUUUUGAAAAGGAAGAAAGCAAAAAACAUGAAGCUGGCAUAGAAGUAUUGUAAAUGGUACUGUUUUCUUUAAAGGUUCAGUGAUGAUCUAAGGUGUUAGCUUUCAUAGACCAAAGAACGAUGGAUUUAAUUAUCAGCACCUUAGAUUUAAUCAUCAUCUCCUUGGGGCACACCUCUCUCUCUCUCUCUUUGCAAAUCUGUGGAUUGUUUUCGGACCAAUCCAAAAUGUACCAUAUGUUCCUGCGCGAGUAAACCUGUUUCCUUUUACA